CUGACGCCGCGUUCACGAAGGGGGACGUACCAUGUAUGUGUUUUUAUUACUUAUAAUCAAUUAUAUUUUAUUACUAUGGAAUUUACGCAACAGUUCGCCCGUCUGUUAUGCUGAAAUCCAGUUUUGGUGUAAUAAAUCAAAUUAACCUCACUUUCAAAGUAAAAAACACACGACUAGUUAUCAACACUGCAGCAUACCAAAUGCCUGGUAUGGCCGUCACGUGCCAAUCAAUGACGUCGUGGUUUAGAAAUGUUCUGGUAUCAUAAAACGCUUUGCUAUUAGACACAUGUGUAUCCUUUGGGUGCCGUUAAAUGGAAUGACAUGUCAUCAAAACUAGGACAUUUAGUUCCGGAAAUGCAUAAGGUAGAUUAAUUUCGAUCUAAUUUGUGAUUAUUUAGUGUGUGUUGAUACUGUGGAAUACAAAUCGUGUUAAUCAUUUGUGGAUAAGGAUACCAUAUACAAAAACGGCAAUAGUGACGGACAAAUACUUGUAUACAUGAUAUUACGAGGAAUAUGUGAUGUUUAAAAUCCAAGUAAGUUAUAUCGGGGGGAAAAAGGAAAAAUUAAAAGUGUAUUUUAAGAUGAUGUCAUCAUUGGAGAAAAGAAUUUCGUUUUUCGCUUGGGGGUUUUGAUGGAAACAAAGGAGAACAAAGUACCGGAACCGGAAGUAGAUGUGAAGAAAGAAGAUGUAGCUGUUGAGCCCCCCUCUACGGAGGGGGUCCCGGGGUUAGAUGAUGAUCCUGGAGGGUACGGCGCGGGAUCAGAAAGCACAAUAUCCAGUGGAAUAGGGACGGGGAAGAGCUCGGAGAACAACUCCGACACAAUGUCGGUGAGUUCCGGUGGGACUAUUCAGUCCGUCCCGACAUCUGGAAAGGUUUUGGGUCUGUGUCAGAGGGGCGAGUGGAUGACUCUUGACCAGCACCUUCGGGCACUCCAGAAGGGUCACACUGACCUCUCCCAACAGGAUGAGGAGACGGGACAGACACCUCUGAUGGUGGUUGUCAAGGAGAACAAACUAGUGGUGGCCGAACGACUUUUGGACCUAGGGGCACAGAUCAACGAACGGGCAAAGGACGAUCGGACCGCCCUCCAUUUCGCUGCAGCCUUUGCCAAGGAUGACGUGGUGCGACUCCUCAUCAAUAGGAAAGCUGAUGUCAACCUUCCAGGAGGGCCCAAGGGCCAGUUACCCCUCCACAUGGCCUGUGCUCGGACCAGCGGGGCGGUUACCGUUGUCCAGCUGCUGCUCAAGGCUUCCAACAAAGAUGGCCGCCUUUACCCAGACAAGAAUGGUGCCAUACCCUUGUUUCUGGCUGCGGAGGCUGGCAAUGUGGCUGUGUGUAAGGAACUUCUGUACCAACAUGCAGACCAACAACUCAAGAUGCAGAGGAAGGACAAUGGUGAUACAGUACUGCACAUCUCGUGUCGGCGCCGGGACCUUGACUUCGCCAAGAUGUUAGUCGAGUCAGGUGCACCUGUGGACACCAUGAAUGAUGAGAAACAGACUCCCCUCCACCUGGCAGCCUGGGAGGGGGAUGAGCAAAUGGUCAAAUAUUUGUAUCAGAUGAAGGCUAACCCAAACCUCACAGACACGUUUGACCGUGGUCCAGUGCACAUCGCAGCUGAACGGGGCCAUACUAAUGUGGUUGACCUACUAGUGGACAAAUGUAAAGCGUCCAUCUCGGCCCGCACCAAGGACGGCAGCACACUCAUGCACAUUGCCUCCCAAUAUGGACACCCAGAUACUGCUCUUGCCUUCCUCAAAAAGGGUGUGCCCCUUCACAUGCCAAAUAAGUCUGGGGCUAUUUGCUUACAUGCAGCUGCAAUGAAGGGUCAUACCAAUGUUGUUCGGUCAUUACUGACCAAAGGUGCAUCUGUAGACUCCAAAACAAAGGAUGGGUACACACCUCUUCACCUGGCUGUCGAGUGCUGUAAACCUCAGGUGGUACAGAUGCUGCUUGGCUUUGGGGCCCAAGUUGAGUUAAAGGGAGGACAGGCCCAGGAGACGCCCCUCCACAUUGCGGCAAGGACCAAGGAGGGAGAGAAGUGUGGGGAGAUGCUCCUGAAGAGUGGAGCCAAUGUAAACGCCUCACAAGAGAAUGGAGAGACUGCUAUGCAUAUUGCUGCUAGAUAUGGCCAGCUUAAGAUGGUGAUUGCACUGCUGGAAGAGGGAGGCAACCCCACACAACAGUCCAAGGUUGGAGAAACACCUCUCCAUGUGGCGGUGCGACACUGUCACCUAGAGGUUACUACAGAACUCCUCCUCUACGUCACACGACACAAGGCACGCAUCGACGCCGUCAUGUUAGUUAAUCAACAUAAUUGGGAGGGAGAAACAUCUGUUCACUAUGUGGCUGAGCUCACUAAGAACAUGGCUCACAGUGAGUUUGAGGACACGGACAUCACCAGGCUGCUGCUGGAGUAUGAUGGGGAUACAAGUAUACAGACAAAACUGACCCAUGAGUCACCACUACACUACAGUGCCAGGUCAGGAAACGAAGAUAUCCUGAUGGAGAUUGUAAAAAAUAUCAAAACUAGCGUCCAGUCAGCGGUUAAUACACAAUCAAAGAAUGGGUGGUCUCCUCUGUUGGUGGCCAGUGAGCAAGGUCACCUUCAAAUUGUCAAAAUUCUGCUGCAGAACCAUGCCCGGGUAGAUGUGUUUGAUGAGCAUCAUGGGAAGGCAGCCCUUCACCUGUCAGCAGAGAAUGGCCAUGACCUUGUAGCUGAUGUCCUUCUGUGGCACAAAGCUUUCGUCAAUGCCAAGUCUAAACUGGGGGUCACACCGCUCCAUCUAGCAGCUCAGAAUGGGUUCAACAAGCUGGUCAAACUCCUACUGGAAACCCACGGGGCCACCAUUGAUGCCUUGUCACUGGCUAAAAGGACUCCAUUGCACUACGCAGCCCAAAAUGGUCAGAUGGAGGUGUGCAGUACGCUUCUGAAGAUGAAGGCAGAUGCCAAUGCAACAGAUGUUCAUGGUCAGACUCCUCUCCAUCUGGCUGCAGAAAAUGACCACUCCGAUGUGGUCAAGCUGUUCCUGAAGUACCGCCCAGAACUUGUCACCAUGGCAAACACUAACGGGAUGACAUGUGCCCACAUUGCGGCUUCCAAGGGAAGUGUGGCAGUCAUCAAGGAACUGAUGAGGUUCAACAAAAAUGUGGUGACCACUGCCAAAAACAGGACCAGUGAGUCAACAGCGCUCCACCUGGCAGCAGGCGGAGGCCACAAAGAGGUUCUACAGGUGCUGUUAAAUGCAGGGGCACUCGCUACAGAUGAGAAUGCUGAUGGAAUGACAGUGAUUCACUUGGCUGGAAAGCAUGGCCAUGUGCACAUUCUAGAGGCUCUAAAAGGUCAAGUGUCAUGGAGGAUUACCAGUAAAAAGACUGGACUAUCUGCCCUCCACGUAGCUGCCCACUAUGGCCAGGUGAACUUUGUAAGAGAGAUGCUUACCAAAGUUCCGGCUACUGUCAAGAGUGAGAUGCCGGGAGGAACAGGGGACGCUGCACUUAGUGGAUUCUCCGCAGAGUCAGGACUGACUCCCCUUCACCUGGCUGCCCAGUCUGGCCAUGAAGGACUUGUGCGACUUCUCCUAAACUCCCCGGGGGUACAGGCUGAUGUAUCCACAAAUGCUCAGGGAGCCAUUCCUCUCCAUCUAGCCGCCCAGGGUGGACAUACAGCCGUGGUCAGUCUACUACUUAGCAAGUCCACAACACAGCUACACCUCAAGGACAAACGUGGUCGCACCGCCCUUCACCUUGCUGCGGCUAAUGGCCACAUUGACAUGGUGGCUCUGUUGCUAGGACAGGGAGCUGACAUCAAUGCCUGUGACAAAAAUGGCUGGACCGCCCUCCAUUUCUCUGCCAAGGCAGGUUACCUUACGGUGGUCAAACUUCUGGUUGAGGGGGCAGCUUCGCCAAAGUUUGAGACCAAGGAUGGCAAGGUGCCCAUUUGCUAUGCUGCAGCAGCUAACCACUCGGAUGUACUCAGUUACCUAAUGAGAAAGGAUCACAACACACAACACCUUAUGGAUGAUAAAAAGUUUGUGUUUGACCUGAUGGUGUGUGGGAAGAUGAACAAUAACAAGUGUAUUGAGGAGUUCAUCCUUCUGUCUCCGGCUCCUGUGGACACUGCCGCAAAAAUGUCCAAAAACUUUCGUCUACUGGCAAUCAAGGAAAAGGAGAGGUCACGUGACCUCACAUCCGCUGGUAACUACUGUGAAUUCAUGGCAACGGAGCUGUUGGCAAUUGCGGCAAGCGCUAACAGUGCAGGUACUUUACUGAAGGCAGUCGACUGUCACGGAACACAAUUCCUGGAUGUACUGAUUGAGCAUGAGCAAAAGGAAGUUGUGUCUCACCCUGCAGUACAGAAGUACCUAUCAGACGUGUGGGUGGGUAACCUACGCUGGGCCACCUGGAAGAUUGUCAUGCUGUUCAUGGCUUUCCUGUUUAUCCCGAUCGUGUGGCUCAUCUUCUCCUUGCCACUCAAGCACAGGUUCAACAAGGUGCCUAUUAUCAAAUUCAUGGCUUACCUGGUUUCUCACCUGUACCUGAUGAUCUUGUUCUCGUUAACAGUGGUCUUACCUCUUGUGCCCAUAUGGCAGUCGGGCAGCCUGAUCCCCCACUGGUACGAGUGGCUACUCCUCGCCUGGUUGUCUGGCCUGCUUGUGUCGGAGUUGACUAAUCCAGGAGACCGAGGUGGCCUCGGCUGGAUCAAGGUCAUCUCAAUAGGACUCAGCUCCAUAGGAAUAUUUGUGCAUGUCAUUGCAUUUGCAUUUGACACAGAAAACCGACUGCUCAUGUUGUAUAUCAGGAACCAGUUCUUUGCAUGUGCUCUCCUCAUGUCAUUUGUACAGUUACUAGACUUUUUAUCAUUCCAUCACCUGUUUGGACCCUGGGCUAUUAUCAUCAGAGAUUUGUUGAAGGACCUUACACGGUUUUUAGUGAUUCUUUUAAUAUUUAUAACAGGGUUCACCCUACAUCUCUCAGCGAUAUACCAGCCGGUUUACAGUCCGGUGUCGGAGAACGCUGCACUGGGGACGGGCGUGGGCAACGGUGAACCAGAGACCUUUAUGACCCCUAUUGACACAUUUGAGUUACUGUUCUUUUCACUCUUCGGGCUGGUUGACCCAGACAGUUUACCCACCACCUACAGAAGUCCAUUCUGGGUGAUCAGUCUCGCUAAGAUUGUGUUUGGUAUCUACAUGAUGGUCACCCUCAUCGUACUCAUCAACCUUCUCAUAGCCAUGAUGUCCGACACCUACCAACGAAUCCAGCAACAGUCGGACAUGGAGUGGAAGUUUGGCCGGGCCAAACUGAUCAGGAACAUGAACAAGACUUCCGCAACUCCCUCUCCGCUGAACUUGUUCACAAAGCUCAUCACCUACUGUCGUGUGGCAUAUAAACACAGAGGUAAGCUGUGUUCUGGUCAGUCCCAGGACUAUGUACACGAGGAUGACGAUCUGGACAAUGUGUCCGACUCUCGGUCAGUUGACCUCCUCGCUCACAAUUCAGUCAGCUGGCUACGCAACGUUGUGCGACGUAAUACCCAGGUGGCCCCAGAAGGUGGGUUCUUGCGUGUCGGUGGUCACCAUGGUCCACAACGCCUGGAGGAUGUCGUAGAUUGGCUAAUGGUGGUCAAGAAGUACCUAUCAAUGCAGGGAAUCGAGGAUACUGACCACUCGUUACCCGAGGAAGAGGAUGGCGAUAAAAAUGGAGACCUUACUGGAAAUAUGAUCUACAAAAUGGGGGGAGCACAAGACAGCAAGGAGAAGUCCAACAGGAAACACAAAUCCUAGAUAUGGCACUCAACAUUCAUAAAAGAUCCAAAAUGGACCAAAAGUUUGGAACGGAUAUGUUGGGAGAGGUCUACAGAGGGACCAGGUUUUGAUGUGAUACAGGACAGUGCAAAAAUAGUGUCCAACAGGGACCAGACUUAAGUACUAGAUAUAGCACUUCAAUCCCAUAAAACUUGUAUACUUAAUUGACUAAUUAAGGCUGUGAUGCAAUUGAUAAAAUAAUUCAUGUACAGUUUUCCAGAGAAGUGUAAGUACAGGAAUGGCUGUGAUUUCUUUUAAUGUAACAAUAACUCUUAUGACUGGUACUAAGGAAUAUGGUGAUCUUAACGCUGCAAUCUGUGGAGGAAAGGAAAGACAUGAAAUAAUACCUGUAAUUUGACUGUGAUACUAGAGUAAUUCCCCUUGAGGAACUUGACCGGUGUGUUGCCUAUUUGUACAUAUUGAUACAUAAAUUGUAUAUUUGACGAUGUAUUCAUAUUAAAGUUAAACAAUUAUCAAGUUAGUGCAUUGUAUCACUUGUAAAGGUUUGCUGAAGUGCAUCAUCUAUUCAUUUUAUUUUCUAGACAAUUAAUUUACCUUGCCUCAUGGGUUCUAAGUCUUGUAAUAAAUACAUUUAUUUAACUCAUUCACCCCUGAAGACACAUUUGAACUCUUCCAAUUCAAAGGUUGGAAUAGUUUAUUAUAAAAUUUCAGGGGUAAAUGAGUAAAUUGAAGGUACAGUUUUGAUAUUGUGAUUUCUCACAGCUUCCAGUACAAAAGAAAUGCUUGAUAAGAGAUGUGAUACAUUUUGUUUUCAUAUAAAAACAAUUUUAUGUGAGCUAGGUUUAUUGUAUUUGAUUUACUGAUCGAGGAAAAUGCUUUCACAGAAUUUAAUUCAUGCUGCAACAUGAUAUCUCUCCUAGACGAGAAUUCAAAUUGAGUUUGCACUUUACCAUGAAUACAGAUAUUGAUUUUAAUUGUUAUAUGUCCUGGUUGUUUUACUAUUUAUAAUAGAUCUAUUUAUUUUACAACAUUUUGAAACAAGUGAUUUCAACUUGUAUUAAUCACUCUUAAUGGCCCGUAAGUA